GAACAACCGACUAUUGCACAGCGACAAAUAUCAUCCUGUUUUGGCCUUGCCGCCGGAUGCUGUUCAGAACCCAGAUGCGACUCGAUCAGUAGAACACCAGUUUCCUUCAACAAGUUCGUUGAUCAAUUAUUCCGUCUAAGCUCACACGAUCAUCCACAGAGCAGUUCGCGAUGGCAGAAGGGCCAGACCCAGUUGAUUCAAUGCUCGAUCUGAUGCGUCGUCUUCCACCUACCAAUGUCGAGGAGAACGUGAAUGCACUCAUACAGAUCUGCCCGGACUAUGCAGAUGACCUUCUAGACCGCGCAACAGGGAAGGAUUAUCUUGCAUGCGAUUACAACAGGGAUGGUGAUAGUUAUCGGUCACCUUGGUCGAAUGAAUACGAUCCACCCAUAGAAGAUGGUACAGCACCAACACCGAAGCUUCGCAAGCUUGAGAUUGCCGCCAAUGAGGCGUUCGAUACAUACCGCGAACUAUAUUACGAAGGCGGCGUGUCUUCUGUUUAUCUUUGGGACCUCGAAGAUGGCGGCUUUGCAGGCGUUGUGUUGCUCAAGAAGGCAAUGACACCCACAAGUCCUGACGAGCCCUCAGGUUCAUGGGACUCGAUCCACGUCUUCGAGACCGCGGAGCGCGGAAGACAAGCGCACUACAAGCUCACAUCUACUGUCAUGUUAGAGCUCGUGACGAAACAGAACAAUAAGGCCGAUGAAACCUCCGUUCUCGGCGAACCAGAAAAAAGGGUUUCUGAGCAGGGAUGGAAGUCGUCGGGGGAAAUUACUUUAAGUGGAAGCAUGACGAGACAGACCGAGCAGGAUUGGCCCGUUCAUGAACCGACUUCACAUAUUACGAACACAGGAAAGAUGAUCGAAGAGAUGGAAAUGAAAAUGAGAAAUCUUCUCCAGGAGGUGUACUUCGGGAAAACUCGUGAUAUUGUCUAUGAUCUACGGAGCGUAGAUGACCUAGAAAAAGCGCGACAGCAAAGAGAGCUGCAGAAAGAGCUGGUUGGAUUUAUCAAGCGUUAGCAUACCCCGGGUGUUCUACAGCAGUAAAGGAAAUCCAUCGGAUGUAACGAUUUUGGAGUUUGCACUCAAACUGAUACAGAAGGUUCACAUUCAGGAUCAGCGUGGAACUAACAGAGCGUCCGCAAUUGGAUUCGAGUGGAUAGUCACCUAAUGAUCAUCAAAGAAGAUCACAUUAGCACACCUGGUGCCUAGUCCACUAGUGAUAACAUACAUGUGUCAAUUUGAUCUCGGA